GGAUGGAGGCGAUGGCAGCCAGCACUUCCCUGCCUGAUCCUGGUGACUUUGACCGGAACGUUCCCCGGAUCUGUGGGGUGUGUGGAGACCGAGCCACAGGCUUCCACUUCAAUGCUAUGACCUGUGAAGGCUGCAAAGGCUUCUUCAGGCGGAGCAUGAAACGGAAGGCGCUCUUCACCUGUCCCUUCAAUGGGGACUGUCGCAUCACCAAGGACAACCGACGCCACUGCCAGGCCUGCCGGCUCAAGCGCUGUGUGGAAAUUGGCAUGAUGAAGGAAUUCAUACUGACAGAUGAGGAGGUGCAGCGCAAGCGGGAGAUGAUCCUAAAGCGGAAGGAGGAAGAGGCCUUGAAGGAUAGUCUGCGGCCCAAGCUAUCUGAGGAACAGCAGCAUAUCAUUGCCAUCCUGCUGGACGCCCACCACAAGACCUACGAUCCCACCUAUGCCGACUUUGACCAGUUCCGGCCUCCAGUUCGAGACCAUGAGAGAGAAGGGAGUCAUCCUGCAGGGCACACUCCCAGCUUUUCCAGGAAUUCCUCUUCCUCUGGCUCAGAUCUCUACACCACCUCUCUAGACAUGAUGGAGCCAUCUAACUUCUCGAACCUGGAUCUAAGUGAAGAAGACCCAGAUGAUCCUUCUGUGACUUUGGACCUGUCCCAACUAUCCAUGCUGCCCCACCUAGCUGACCUGGUCAGUUACAGCAUCCAAAAGGUGAUCGGCUUUGCCAAGAUGAUCCCAGGAUUCAGAGAUCUCACCUCUGAGGACCAGAUCGUGCUGCUGAAGUCGAGUGCCAUUGAGGUGAUCAUGCUGCGCUCCAACCAGUCCUUCACUAUGGAUGACAUGUCCUGGAACUGCGGCAACCAGGACUAUAAGUAUAAUUUUACUGAUGUGACCAAAGCUGGGCACACCCAGGAGCUGAUUGAACCCCUCAUCAAGUUCCAAGUGGGGCUGAAGAAGCUGAAUUUGCAUGAGGAAGAACAUGUCCUGCUCAUGGCUAUCUGCAUCGUCUCCCCAGACCGACCUGGGGUGCAGGACGCCAAGCUGGUGGAGGCCAUCCAGGAUCGCCUGUCCAACACGCUGCAGACCUAUAUUCGCUGCCGCCACCCGCCCCCAGGCAGCCACCUGCUCUAUGCCAAGAUGAUCCAGAAGCUGGCGGACCUGCGUAGCCUCAACGAGGAACACUCCAAGCAGUAUCGCUCGCUCUCCUUCCAGCCUGACAGCAGCAUGAAGCUCACGCCCCUUGUGCUUGAGGUGUUUGGCAAUGAGAUCUCCUGA